GGGCGUUGCUGCCGGAGCUCGCUCCACCCACGGAGGGCCUCGGGAAUCUCGGGUCGGGACCUUGGCUGCGGGUCCGCGGCCCAAAGGGGUUUUAGCGCUUUCUUGCCGGGUGAGAAACCACGCAGCUUGCUUUUCCUCGAGUUGCUGCUUCUCUGGCAGGUUGGCAAAAUUUGCUGCACCGUCAGGUCAACUUCGAGAGGGCAAGGCUUCUGGUCGUCGGCGGUUCUAAGUCCUGCUUCGUAUUUACUAUUGCUUUUCAUCAAAUAGGUGUUGUCCUGUGUGUGUUCGCUCCCCUGUUCCUUUUGCCUGCACUUAUGACAUGGACUAAAUCCAAGCACAAAAUCUAGUAGGGAGUUCCGUUUUGGCCCUCGGUUCUGUUAACAAAUUUAAAAGAAUUAAGUUGAGUAGUAGUUAGUUUCUGUUUUAAUGGUGAAAUGGAAUGGCAAUAACCCUCCCCACUCCCCUUCUCCCUUGAAGUCUUAAGACAUUUCUUAAUCCAAACUCCUUGGAUGGGUUUUAGGGGUUUCUGGAGGCCUUAAACUCAUGUGCAAAAUAUUGUGGCUUAUAUGUAUUUUCUUGAAAGAAGUUCCUUAGCUUUUGUCAUAUUCUCGAAAGGGCGUAAGACUCAAAUUUUAAAAUUUAAAACAGCCACACUGUCAGGGGGAACUCCUAGAUCAAGCCCCUAGCUAACAGUUGGAGUUGAGCUGGAGUGAAAUUCCCAGUUAUCCUGUGUUAACGCAUGGUGUAUUUUGAUAGUAGUCUAUGUGGAUUACCAAAAUUCAAGUUACAAAAUAAUACAGUAAUUCACGUGGAACAUCAUUUUCCUCUGAAGAUUCAGAUGGCGCUUUAGAAUCUCGCAUGCCUCAGGUGCAAGUGCACCAACUGCUUUUGGAUUCUCCAGCAAUCCUUCACUUUUGAAUGCCCACCAGAUUCCUACAGAGCUGCAGCCAUGAGAGUCAGGUUAGGAACCCUGGUUCCCAAGAACAAGGAGGGCAGAUUUGCCUAGAAUCUUUCCUAACCCCAUCCAACUUGGGGGAUGGAUUCCUUUUUUUUUUUCAUUUUUAAAAGAUUUUAUUUGUUUAUUCAUGAGAGACGCACAGAGGCAGACUCCCCACAGGGAACCCGAUGUGGGACUUGAUCCCAGGAUUCCGGGAUCAUGACCUGAGCCAAAGGCUCAACCACUGAGCCACCCAGAUGCCCCUAUUCGUUGUUUUUCAUUUCAGUUUGUUAAAUUGCCUGAAAUUCUACUAAUAAGAAAUACAAGCGAAUAAAGCAAAUAUGUUAGGAAUGUGAUUGCUCUUUCUUUAGUAUAAAUUCUUCAAUAAAAUUCCAUUCAAGGGAAAAGGGAUAGAUGUUUUCGAGAAAAGUUGAGGCAGCACAUGGAUUGUUUUGGGUACUGCAGUUCUGAAUCCCAAUUUAUUUUUACUAUUUUGUGUCACUGGGUAUCUGGAUAGGGUGAUGGGAGGAUAACAAAAACUAUAUAGUGAUUUUAGUGUAUGUCCACAAGUUCUGAUACUCAUCCCAUCCACAGGUAGAACUUAAUCUCUCUCCCUUCGAAUGUGAAUAGCAUAUGGCCUAGAAUGAGUAGAAUAUGACAUAAGUGACAGUGUAUGACUUAAAAGACUAGGUCAUAAAAGGUACUGCAGCUGCCUGCUUGUUUGUUCCUGGGUCACUUGCUCUGGGGGAAGCCAGAGUUAACCAUGUCAUGAGGAACUCAACCAGCCCCAGUGAAAAGCCCAUGUGACAAGAAAUGGAGGCCUCCUGCCCACAGCCAUUUGAAUGAGCCAUUUUGGAAGUAGAUCCUCCAGCUGCACUUAAACCUAGAAGUGAUGUAGCCCAGGAUACGUUGGCUGAAACCCAUGAGAGAUCCUGAGCCGAACCACCCAACAAAGCUGCUCCGGGAUGGCCCACGGAGAGUAUGAGAACUACUCCUGUGCCUUUCUAGAACUCCUAAGAGGACUGUCAAUCAAGGGGCUCAACCUCUCUCCAUUACAUGGGACCCACAUUUGCCCAUCAGGAUCUUCUAUAUCCCCUGGAUACAGAGAGUGGUAUACAGGUUUAAGUGACACUUCACCAGAUGAAGGAUUACUAGAGGACUUGACUGUAGAAGACAAAGCUGUGGAGCAGCUGGCAGAAGGAUUGCUUUCUCACUACUUGCCAGAUCUGCAGAGAUCAAAACAAGCUCUUCAGGAACUCACACAGAACCAAGUUGUAUUACUAGACACACUGGAACAAGAGAUUUCAAAAUUUAAAGAAUGUCAUUCUAUGUUGGAUAUUAAUGCUUUGUUCACUGAAGCCAAACACUAUCAUGCCAAGUUGGUGAAUAUAAGAAAAGAGAUGCUGAUGCUUCAUGAAAAGACAUCAAAGUUAAAAAAAAGAGCACUUAAACUACAGCAGAAGAGGCAGAAAGAAGAGUUGGAAAGGGAGCAGCAACGCGAGAAGGAAUUUGAAAGAGAAAAGCAGUUGACUGCCAAACUAGCUAAGAGGACUGCUUUCCCCAGGACUGCAUCUCUGUAUCUUUGUUUCUGCAUUCAAGAAGUUUGUUCCCCAGACCGACUGUGAAUCUCCACACCUCUUUGAUAGAAACGAGCAACAGAGAAACUGAAAGUGGGUGAGAUGUGGCUCAGGAGCCUUGCCUUGAGAUGCUAAUGAUGCUGGGGUUGACAGAAGCAAAGCCAAGCUGCUAGGAGAAAUGAACAACUCCAGAGUGGCCAGGACAUUCCCGUUACGGCUGUCCUGAGAUAUUUCACUACCACCACCACCACGACCACCACCACCAUCUCAAGAAAGCUAUCUUUGAUUAUGCCUGCUAAAGCCUGCCUUUCUGGAUCUUCAGCCUACGAGUGGUAGGCUGAGUAGCUCCAUCUCUUCUAUACCUUAGUAGCUCUGGGGAAAGAGCACAGCUAGAGUUGGAAGCCAGGUUUUCUCACUGGAGGGCCCUACGGGAUUCAGUUUCCUUUGGGGGUAAGCAUGCAGACCUGAGAUGAACCCUAACACUUACUUUCGCAGCAUUAAUUAACAUAAGGCACCUUGUAUUCUGUGGCUGUUAAGGAGCAUUGGCUUCGGGACUGUUGUUUUCACUUAAUGGCACGUCUCUGUUCAGUGCAGUGGCAGCAUCCAGGCAAAUGAAUUCACCUCCGAUGAAAUGUUCCUGGCUGUUGACUGCCUUACAGUUUGGGCCUCAGACAAAUCCUGAGGUCCACAAAUUUACCCUCUCAGAAUUGGGGAGCAGAGAAGAGAUUGAUUCUGAAUGGGGCACAUGCCUCUUUCCCAUCUGGGUUGAAAGUCCAGUGGUAAGGAGAGGACAUGAGGCCCACAGGAGUCAACUUCCCUUUCUGCAGUCCCUCCUGGAGUCCUCUUAUUCUACUGACCCAUCCUUCUUUCCCCAAGAGAGGUAACGAAUGGAGCACCAGUUUGUGCCACCUUACAAGUCAGACCUGAUGUUGAGGAUGCAGACUGGCAUAUAAAGCAGGCUGUGUCACAUCCACCCUAGUCUUUUCUCUGUGUUCCCAUCAUGGCGAUGAAACUGUGCCUCACACACCUCUAUCUAUGGGGACCGUAACUGACUUAGAGUCCCAGUUGCCGUGCCCUGAGGCCUAUCUGCAUUUGCACUGAAGCAGGCUUCCUACAGACUGCUCCUAGCUAGUGGUCUGCUCCUAGGAGAGAUGGACCUUCCCCUGAUGGUCAGAUUUGGCUAAAGGACUCCCCAUUGGCAUCACUGAAGCUCUGCUUAACAGUUUAGGAUGCUUCUCUACCGUACUUUCUUUUCUUCAUCCUGGCAGGCAGUAUAAGAAGGAAUAAAGAAGUCACCCAAAGUGGGAAGUCACCCAAAGUGGGCAUGCUGGAAGGGCUAUAUUGUGUAAGGCCAAAACACCCACCAGAGAAUUUGUCCCAUGAGAGAGCACAGGACACACCACCAAGUCAUCAGAAUGUACUGGUGAAAGGGGCACCAGCAUCACUAAGAAGUUUGCAGGCCAGGACCGGUGGAAGUUCUGAGAAGCACAUGUUAGCAUACGUGAAGAUUGAUAAGAGGCCAGGAGUGGCCCUUAACUGUCGAAAGCCCCAAGGCCAGAAUUACCCUACCCACCAAAAGGGAAGGCUAAUGGAGCAUGGUGUUAGUUUUGCCUUUGGGGGCAAAAUAGGCAGAUAGUCCUACAAGGGUGCUGCUUAGCAUUUAUAACAGGAGUCAGCAAACUUUUUUGGUAAAGGGCUGGGUAGCAAACAUUUUAGGUUUCGUAGGUCACAUCAGUUGUACAAAAGGAACAAUAGACGAUAUAUAAACGAAUGUAGCUGUAUUUCUUUCUUCCUUUUUUAAAAUUUUAUU